UGGACUUAUAAUCAAGAAUAAAUAUAAUUCUGAUUUUUUUAUUAACCGUAGUUAUUUUAAGUAGCUACAGUAUGUCUAGCAACUAACUACGGAGUCUCCAGCUGACAGUCAAUUGACUAACUAGUUAACACUGUAUGGUCAACUCAUUUUGCACGUGCCGGUGAAUGUUUUAAAGAGUCAAACACAAGGAAGGAGUAAUGUUAGAUCGCAGAGUUCUGUAGCUAUUUGACUUUUAUUAAUGGGAGGUAGCACUGACAGUUGUGCGAGUUAUUUUUGGUGGGUAAAAGAUGGCAACAAAGCGUUUGUCCUACAGUAUGUUAUUGUUGCGGUCAGCUAGCAAGAUUACCAUAUAAAAGUGGUCUGCUGGCUAGUUCAGAGAUGGGUACAUCCCAUUGAAAUACAGGGCAGCGAGCAACAUGAAAGUGCAAACUGAAAGCUGUAAUCCAUCCAAGGUGCCACAAAACGACACAGAGGAGGAGCAAGACAUGUCAGACAAAAAGGACAGCCACACCAGUAAUUUAUUUUUUCUCAACCAAGACUGUCAGAAGGAACUGGGUGCAGGAUCUCUGCAGAACAUUAGCAUUGUAUCAUCAGACUCAAAAUCGCAUAACACUGAUUGCAACAGCCUAGGCACUGAAGAACUCCUCAACGGAACCUCCCUGGAGAAUGUUCAAAUACUUACCCAUGGAAGUUCUACCCAUGCUCUUGCACUAACACAUGGGGUGCCUGAAAUCUCAAAUGAACUGUCUUUGCCUGAGGUCUGCAUUCCUACCACAGUUACAGUUGAAGAAGACCUUACCUAUGAGAUACAGCAAGCCUAUAGGAUAUUUCACAGCUUUCUUCUGGAAAAGCACAAAGGCAUUACGACUCCCUUCUUGCAUCCUAUUGGCCUAAAGGACCACACUGACUGGGCCGGGGGUCACCAUAAGCAGUCCAUGUGUUUCAGAAGGAUGGAGGAGAAAUUUGUUAGCAGGGCGUAUGAAACCAUCACAGAUUUUGUGGCAGAUUUCAGACUGAUGCUAGAGAACUGCUACAGGCAUCAUGGGGUUGACCACUGGAUUUCUAAACAGGCACAAAAAUUGGAAAUAAUGCUUGAGCAGAAGCUGACACUGCUGUCGAGGACGCUGAGAGAGAAGACCUCGCUGGCCCUAACCUCCAAGGGCCGUUUCGGGACAGAGGAUGAAAGGGGGCCUGUGGGCACCUCCACCAGACGAAGAUCCGUGCCUCGCAGCCUGGCCACUAUAACAGUGGGGGGAAAUGAGUCCAUCAUGGUCCAAGCACUGCGUCUGGAAGAACAGCAGAGAGUCAAGGAGGAGAAGAGGCAGCGGGAGCUGGAGAAGAAGGAGGCGGAGGAGACAUCAGCCAAGGAGGUGGAGGAAUGGGAGCGCAGUCUUCUCUCACAGGCUUCCGAGACCCCGGUAAAGACCUUGUGGGAGCUCCCUGCAAUUGGCCACUUCCUGUGCCUGGCUCAGGCUGCUCUCAACCUCCCAGAGAUUGUGUUCUUUGAACUGGAGAGGUGUCUUCUCAUGCCUCGCUGCAGCAUCUUCCUCUCAAAGGUCAUGAGUUCACUCCUUUGCCAGCCCCAGAGGCGGGGCACGCUCCACCGCCGCCCAGCCCUUUCCUACCGUUGCUGGGAAUUCGAGCUUCGUAAGCGGGUGCAGGGUUGGUACUAUGCUAUGGGUACUGCAGAGGACCAGGGGUGGAUGGCUGAGCAGCUGGGCCUCUCCCAUCAGUUCUUCAGGACAGUUGGGGAGGUUAGCCCCCUGGAGAACAACCCCUUCCACCUCUUGCCCUUCAUCCAGCGCGUGUGGCUCCUCAAAGGCUUGUGUGACAAUGUUUAUGAGACCCAAAAGGAGGUGCAGGACGCUGUGCUGGGCCAGCCUAUUCACGAGUGCAGAGAGUCCAUCCUAGGCUACGAUGGGAAUGAAAACGCCUACAUCCACUUCCCACACUUCUGCGGGGCAGAUCUGCGCAUCUACUGCCAGAGUGCUAGCUUGCCCCCUGAAUAUCCCUUACCAGUGGUCUGGGUCAAGCGGGUAGAGCCCGAUGAGGGAGUCUCGGAGGACUCGGACGAGCAGAAGCACUCUGGGAAUCUGGUUUCCAUGGGGGAUGAGGAGUAUGAAGAGAAACCAACUUGUGAUAGUAAGUUUAAAGGGGAAAAUGGGGGAACGAACAGGGAUGGGCAGUGUAACACACAGGGAAUAAAGGAGGAAGAUGAUGACUCUUCUGUUUCUGAAGAAGAUGAUCAUGAUCGUAAGAAGGACAGUAAGCAUACUGACAACGGAAAGGUUGCCCCCUCUUCUCCCCGGUCAAAGUUCAAAGACUUUGUGGGUAGGGUGAGCGUGAAGAAAGAGACUCAUGAUGUGGAAUUCAAUCCCGAUAGACUGCGUGCAAAACAGGAAGAGGGGUGUGACUCCUCCUCGUCAGGGUCGUCAUCCAAGUCACAGGAGCCGCACCUCAGUGUAGGGGAGCCGCACCUCAGUGUAGGGGAGCACUGCUACAAAGGAAAGUCCCCUGCUCGCUCAGCUACGACAGACCGGCCCAGUGUCACCGAACCAGUGCCACAGACUGACAAACUCUGUAAGAGCCGGGGGACAUGUUCAACAUGUGUUUCUGUAACAGGGACAAAGUCAGAGAACAAUUGGCGAUGCUGUUGUGCAAAGGACAAGGCAUUAACAGUUACAGUCUCAGGGGCGGGCCACCCAUCCAAGGUGAACUCAACUGAGGAGAAAAUGGAACGGAUACGUGCAAAAAAGAAGAAAAAGAAGAAAAACAGGGAAUUCGGGGAACUGCAUUCAACAGGUGGACAAUGCAGACCAGAUAGGAGCCGACUCUGUAAAGCCAAGGCUGCUAAAUCCACCCUCAGGAGAGCUGCCACCAUCAAGAAAAAAGACAAGAGAAGAAAAUGCAAAACGGCAGGCAAAAAACUUGAGUCUGUGAAGCUGGCUUCAAAGGACCCUCAACUCCCAGUUGAACCUGCUUUUAGGUUGGUGUGCAGCAGUCUAGAAGAGCUGAGGGAACUAAUCAACAAGACAGAGGAUGAACUUGAUGAGCUGGAGAGCACCAAGAAGAGAUCUGUUAGUAAAGGAAAGUGGUAUGUCCGAAGAGAAGCAGUGAAGGAUUUGCACAUCACUCUCAUAAGACUGCUCAAUGAGCUCUCCCCUUGGGAACCAAAACUGGUCAAGGCUUUCCAUAGGAACAGGCUACGUUUGAAAAAGGAUUAUGACGACUUCAGGAAGCACCCUGACUAUGACAACUUUGUCAGAGAAGAAUGGGUGGCAGAGGAUAUGGACAGACACCCAGGUGACCAACUGACUGAAGAGGAGGAUUACCAGGAGCUGGACAAGACUGAUCAGAGGAUCCUGUGGACAGGGGAGGACACAGGGCAGCUUGGAGUGGAUGCAUUGAGAGGCAGCUUCGCCAUGGUAACCAGACAGGAGAUGUUGACCUUAAAUGAGCAUAGACCUUCUACUCGAGGAUUGAAGCGUCUGCAGAGUGGUAUAGCUGAGGAACUAAGCGUCAUUAAGAGAGGCAGGAUUGGGAGUGAGAUUGCAGCAUCUCCUGGCAGAUUGGAAAUGGAAAACCAUCCUAGGGAUGGAAAUCCAGCAGCACAUCAGCUUGAAGAGACUGGCGCAGCGGUUGUAACUUCUGUGACUGGUUUACAAAGGCCCUACAAGCCAAUUCAGCUACACACACUGCUGGCUAAAAGUGUUGGGAAUAAAGUGACCUUAAUUCAUCAUCAGCCCGGUACAAGUGUCAUCAGCCAUGUCAGUCAGGCGCAAAGCAAGGCCUGUGCUUCUUCCAUGCAAGCUAGCAAACCUCAAUCUUCUGUACUACAAAGCUCUGAACAGCUACCCCAACCACCAACAACAACAGCCACACGUACACAAACACAGACAGUCAAUACUGCUCCCAUACCAAAGAGCCCCGUAAAGGUUGUGUACAAGAUGCCAGAGGGCCUGGGUCAAGUCCGGAAAGAUGGAAGCCCUGUAAAAAUCGCAGUACAGCCAGUCCUGGACCAGAAAACUGGGGAUGAGAUUAUGCAGCGAGUGGUCAUUCUGCCCUCUAACUUGCUCAUUCAGAAGUCUGAGGAUAAAAUUGUGUCCCAGCAUGCAAGGACAUCCUCUAAAGCAUCCACUCCACUAUCAAAGAGCUCUCGAGUCACUGUUCCUCAAAAUCAGGACAGCUGUAUUUCAAUACAACAAGUGGCACCGCUAAAGGGAAUGUCACCCUCUCCUACCGUUUCUCCAAGGUUGCAGACAUCUUCAACACCAGGCUUUAAUGUUGUCCGGCUUCCUGAUCCUAAAGCGAGUAGCACUAUCCAAAAUGUUAUACCGAAUAGAUCCCCAUCCAACCCUACCAGUGCUGUGUCUAAUGAUCCAAGUAAACCUUUGGACCCUAAUCAAGAGUUGAAGACUGUGUGCAUCAGAGACUCUCAGUCCAUUCUUGUCACCACUAGGGGAGGGAACACUGGAGUGGUCAAGGUGCAGACAUCCAACCAGGGAACGCCUGGUUCACUACCUGCUAGCCCUGUCAUUACUAUUUCCCCUCAGUUUAAAGCCUUCCUGGUGUCUAAGACUUCUCCACCUGCUGCCCCUACUGUCCCUGUGUUGACCAGCUCUACAUUAGCCCAGGCGCAGUCAAUUUCACAGUUAUGGUCUUCAACUGGAACAAGUUCAACGACUCCACGUAAGUCCCCAAUCACUGCUGGCAUUCCUGUGACAGCCGGCUCUAACGUUGCUAUAAGCCAGGGCUUCCCUGUCUCAUCUAAACUUGCGGUUAACUCACAGCUUCCUGAAAGCAGCAUCACUGUUCCUGGAAAACCAGCAGGUGCCACUCAGACAUCUUUGGUCCAUUGUGUCCCCAAACCCGUUUUGAAAAGGGUCAAUCCUGAUGAGAUGUGCACGUUCACAAAGUUCAUCCUUGUCUCUUCCUCCUCGAACAUCACAAACAAAGUCACGUCCACCACGGCUACCUCUGCUCUUCCUGGGCAAAGGGUGGUAUUUAUCAGCCAAUCACCUUCCACCGGUUGCAUUCCAAAAACAACCACAUCAGUGUCUGGAGCCACCACACAGUCCGUGACCACGUCGAUGCCCAAUGAGGCACUAAAGAUCGGAGUCAAUAUUGGUCAAGCUAUUAGCAGCACUAACUUCGGAGCUUUGAACAAGGUUCAGAGUAUCAAUCUGCUUUCAGGUUCUCAGAUGAGGCUACCGCUGCAGGCUAACCUUAGCAAGCCAGUUAGCGCACCUGUACGAUCUACUUUAAAGAGCACAUCUCCAUCUGCCUCAAAGGCAGGUCUUCUUGCGACUACAACGUCUCAAGUUGUCAGUAGCACUGCACAUUUGCCCUCCUCUACACUGUUGGUGGGAUCUCAAGUACAAGGAAAACCAAUUUCUUCUAUAAUCAAAGGUUUGAUCCCCUGUAACUCACAACAAGCUGUGCCAGUCACUACACCGCUAAGCCCUGUCAAAACCUCCCCCCUAACACCAUUGGCCCAGGUUUCUCAGUCUCAAAACUCUGUUGGUUUCACCGCACAUGCUCAGUCCUUAAGCACUUCACAGUCUCCAGCUGCCCCUAGAUCCUGUCAACAGUCCUCUCCAGUGCGGUCGGCUGUUAAUACUAAUGCUGUUUCCAGCACCACUGUGCAACAGAAGAUUGUCAUCAACACCAGUGCUCCGCUUGCCGGUGGCACGCAAAUUCUGCUCAACAAUACCCGUUUUGUUGUUCCUCCUCAAGGUCUUAGGCCUGGCCAGCACAUCCUCAUUAUCUCCAGCCCUGCAGUGCCUGUGAUAACUCCUUGUCCUGGAGGGGUGAACCCAACCACUGGUGUCCCACGAAGGUCAGCCUUACCUGGCCUAGCCCCACCUGCGCAAGGCCCCAGGAUGGCAGCACCACCAGUGACACACAAAGCUCAACAAGCUGCACUUAAAUCCCCAACGCUAGAGUCACUGUCCACAGCAGAAAUUAGACCCUCUGUCCCCGUCUCUUUCAAUGUCCCUCGUCAAAUGAUGGCUGUUCGAGGCCAACUCUUGGCCACCAGCACCGCCACCAACAGUUCUCUACAAGUUUCACACCAGCUCACUGGUCCGACUGUUGGCCUUGCAAAUGUGGUGGCAGCGCCACCUCUAACUCUUCCUGAAAGAAUGGCCACCUUUGCACCCUCUUCUGUUCAAGGAAGUCUUAGCACAGCUCAAACUGCAGUGGUCUCACAGACCGCAACAAAGCAGCUCCCUUUGCACACAGGAAUUGGCGUCAAUGGAACGCUGAAAACACAGCAGUUAGCCACACUCGUUCAACCUACGAGAGCGGUCUCCACCCAAAUGCAGGUGCUGCCGACUGUAGCUGUCCCACCAAUAGGGAGCACUGUCUCCAAGAUGCAGCCUCUAGCUGUGGUGACUGUACCCCCCAUCGGGAGUGCCAUCAGUAGCAAACAGGCAUCUCCUUUGGCAACUGUGCCUCAAUCAAACUGCACUGUAAUCAUGACACCAGCACAGCCCAUCAGGACGAUAAUGUCGGCUGAGACCAUCCGCAUGCCCAUUGUUUUAUCCAAUCCCCUGCAGCAGCAUACAGUGGGCCCGGGCAAGCCCACUUUGCAGAAUUUACAGAUACCUGCAUUAGCAGCACAAACAACCAGCCCUACCACAAAGCUGCUAGUGAGUCCCGAUGGUGCGGUUUUAAAUAUGGUUAGAGGCCCAAUGACCCACACAGGCCUAACAGAUGUGACUAAGAAGCCUUUGGCUGCAUUGAUUGUUACUCCUAGUUCCACUGGCAUAGUGCUGCCGCCGCCUACCAUAAAAACUGGCAAUCCCUCGAUGCCUAACCCAACCGACAGUAGUGGACCUAUCAGCUGAAAGACUGAUAUUGAAAACAAUUACAGUUGUAAUAAAGCAGACAUGUUCUACUAGCUCUUCUGGACAGUAUCUAGAACAUUCUAGACUUUUAGUAAAAAGUAGGGAUUUUUGGAGAAACUGGCUGGUUCAGCUGUAUUUAUACUUUGCACAUCUGAGUGUUUAAGCGACGCUAGAUAUACUCUAGUUGGCUCAAACCUUUAUCACCAGAAAUGUAGGUGAAAAUGUAUCUCAGUUUUCUAUUGGCGUUGCCUUCUCACAAAGUUUAAAGGUGAAUUUUGGCAUUUUAGUUGUUUCAAAACACCUUUUCAAGGCCAGUAAUAUAUUGUAAAUUGCGAGGUUCCCAGGGUAAACAAAGUGAAUUUAAAUGUGAUUGUAAUAAUUUUUGACACUGAAUAUAAUUCUGAAAUGAUAUCCUUUUUAUUUCUUUGAUUGGUACAACACCUUAUUUUUUUAAGUUUAUUUGGUUUACUAGACUCUUGUGACUUUUCUUCUGACCUGCUGCAGUAUGUUUUCCAGAUGUAUUACCUACUUGAGGCUGGUGUGACAAUUGCAUUGGUUCUCUUAUUUCCUCUUAGCUAUUCGUAAGAUGAGCAUUUUACAUAAUUGAAGUGAAACUUCUAAAUGAUUUAUAUGUUAACUGUUGAAGCCCAGAAAAAUGUUUUGAAGUUACAUUUAUUUAUUUUUCUUACCAUAUAGAUUUUUCAAAAUAUUUAGUGGGUACAUUUUCAUGGUAUGACUAUGGACAUUUCUGUAUGGAAAUAAACCGCAACUGUCC